ACUGUUUACAAAAAUUGUGAUUAUUGAGAUCGCGAAAUUUGCACUUUGCAGACGUUCUUUCCGUUCUUUGAAUUUCUAUUGAAGUUUAUUUUUUGUAUUUAAUAAAGUGCCAGUGUUUGAUCGCCAAUCAAUUAUCACCGAAAUGAUGAACCAAAUGGGAAUGCACAUGCAGCAGCCGGGUGUAGUUCCCGGGGGACCCGGUGGCCCGGUAGGAAUGGCCGGUGGACCAGUUGGUGGCGUAGGAGUUUCACCGGUAAUGAUGCAGUCCCCUCAAAUGCAACAGCAGCAGCAAGUGGCCGCCCAACAACAACAGCAGCAGCAACAGCAACAACAAGCCCAAGCCCACCAACAGCAGUCCCAGCAAACGGAAAAAGUGGACAACAUUUCCAAGGUUAAGGGCCUUGUCGGACCGCUGCGGGAUUCGCUCUCGACGACGGUCAAAACUGCGGCACAAUUGCUGCAGCAAAACAAUCUCAACGAUGCCGGAACGAAAGGCGGAGACAUGAGCACCACAACUCCUCGGUUUGACAAACACCUGGAGGAGUUCUACUCGAUAUGUGAUCAAAUCGAACUGAAUCUGGAAACGGCGAAACUAUGCAUGCAGCAGGGAGCAUCGUCACAGCAGUAUCUUCCGAUUCCGGUCGCUCCUACUCAACCCAAUCCGGCGGAAACAAACGCCCUGUCCUACAGUCAGUAUUUGGACGUGGUAAAGAUUCAAACCAGCUACGCUAAGGAUAUUCACCACAUUCUCAUAUGCGCUGCUCAGAACAUCUGCCCGAGCGAAUGAUAGAAUCGAGCUACCGGUUGCGACAUUUCGGAUCAGAAUGAUAGGUUUCACUAGGACUUAGGAGACGAUCGCAUUUUAAAAGUAAAAUCUGUCAUUUUAUUCCACUUAUGGCAACUUAGAACUAUAUAAAAUCUGUGUCUUUAGAAUAAAUUAAUACGUAAGACGAUAAGAGAUUCAUUUUUCGCCCU